UAUCAUUUAUAGAUCAUGUGUUUCUAAUCGAGAAAUCGGAAAUCUGAAAUGCUUUCAACACUGAAACUUCAAGUACCAGUGUAAUGAAAUUUUCUGAUUGUGAAUGCUCAACUUGUAAGUGUUUAAAACUACAAGAGUACUGGAGAAAUGUCCAGGUUAAGAGCACUGGCUGGGGGUCCCAGGCACUGUGGGAGCCGCGGCUUACCAUGCAGACAUGGCCAAGCCUAAGAACCACACCACACACAACCAGUCCCGCAAAUGGCACAGAAAUGGCAUCAAGAAACCUGGAUCACAAAGAUACAAAUCUCUUAAGGGGGUCAACCCCAAGUUUCUGAGGAACAUGUGCUUCUCCAAGAAGAACAACAAGAAAGGCCUGAAGAAGACGCAGGCCAGCAAUGCCAAGGCCGUGAGUGCACGCGCAGAGGCCAUUAAGGCCCUUGUGAAGCCUCAGGCCGUCAAGCCCAAGAAGCCAAAGUGCUCCAGCCGCAAACCCAUCCGUCUGGCUUUCAUCGCUCACCCCAGGCUUGGGAAGAAGAUUCGAAGCUACAUGGCCAAGGGACGGAGGCUCUGCCAACUAAAGCCCAAGGUUCAAACCAAGGCAGAGACCAAAGCUCCAGCCAAGGCCCAGGCUUCAACUCCAGCCCAGGCUCCCAAGGGUGCCCAGGCCCCUGUGAAGGCCCCAUAG